CCCGCGUCUCUGGUUAAGGCUGGCUUGGCUUUUGUGUUACCUGUUACAGAAACUCGGCAUUGGAUAUUUCCUAGAAGGUAAACUGAAACUAAACUGAAACUAAAUCAGAACAACUGCAUUCGUUUCUUCGAGUACAAGAUUCAGGACAGACGCUUAUUCGAUUACAGGUAUUUAAUUUCCCAUCAGCCUUAAGAUGUCUCUCCCGGAAGGAGCCAGUGCUGGGACUGUUCUGGCUGUGCUGAUGCUGUUUGUUGGCUCUCUGCUACACAUCAUUGGGCUGUCCACGACAGAGUGGUCAGUGAGUAACAACGAACAGGGUUCGUCCAGCUCUGGACUGUGGAAAGAAUGUUUGAACGGGAAAUGUGAAGACCGCAAGGACACGAAAGAGAGCAUAAGGACAUGCGGGGCCAUGGCCAUACUUGGGAUGUUGGUCAGCUUUGUGGCCAUCGGAUUGGCUGUAGCGGACAUCUAUAUUAGGGUCAGGGGAAGUGUAUCUUCGUUGCCGUUGCCUAUCAUUUCAGCGGCCUGUUCCGCAAUUUCAUUUGUGUUUAUUGUGGUCUGCAUCAUCAUCUGGUCCGCCACCAUUGGCUCGUCCACCUACCAGUACACCUACACCGACUACACCAUCCGCGUCAGCAGCUACUACCACUACAGCUUCAGCAUCGGGUUCUCCUUCAUCCUCAGCAUCCUUGGCGGUAUCAUCAUCGUCUCGGGUGGGGGGGUUUAUCUUUACACGAGCAGGUUUAUAUCCAAGUCAGCUGAUGUCGGAACUAGAUUUACAUAAAUAUCUAGUAUUGGUUACCGUCAGUUAGUUAAACUUGUACACAUUGUUAAUCACAUAACUGACUGAAAGUACAUAUAUAGAUCAAUGAUAUGGGAAUUAACAAUUUAUAAAAUAUAAUAAAAACUAAUAGUGUGUUUUUUGUGAAAUAAUAUUAAGUAUUAUGUUUAAAUAAUUCAGUCUAAAUUGUUUUAUUAAAUAAUAUUUUAUUUUGUAUGUACGUUUUAUCAUUUAAUCUGAUUUUACUUUGGUAAGAUAAUACAUGCAUACUCUAUUACAUAUGUAUUAUGUCACAUUUGUUCUGAGUUAUUAGGUAAAAUAAUACAUCUGUACUCUUUUAUCCAAUACUCAUUAAAAUUGGUUUGUAAUAAAAUAAUUCAU